ACUCCUGUCUGAUCUCUGAUGUAAAGAUGGAUGCCUGUCGGAAUUGGCUUUAAGAGUGGGAAGCAACUCGGCUCCGUGUUCAGCGUGCAGUUGGGGGUUUGUGCUCCUUGUCCUCUGCAGUCCUGUUCUGGCCAAUGCUGGCUGCAGCUACAGCAUGACCACAGCAGCGUCUGCUCAUCUGGUACUUCUGGCAAAUGAAAAUGGAGGAGGUUUCAAUGUCCAGCCUGGACAACAGCAAGCUGGAGGCCCUAGCUCAGGACAUCCUGUCAGACCUGGUGGAGGAUGCAUGCCUAGGGCUUUGCUUUGAGGUGCACCGGGCUGUUAAACAGGGCUACUUUUUCCUGGACGACACGGACCAAGAAAGCAUGAGGGACUUUGAAAUCGUUGACCAGCCUGGACUGGAUGUGUUCGGCCAAGUGUUCAACCAGUGGAAAAACAAGGAGUGCGUUUGUCCCAACUGCAGCCGGAGCAUCGCCGCCUCACGCUUCGCCCCCCACCUGGAGAAAUGCCUCGGGAUGGGACGAAACAGCAGCCGAAUAGCAAACCGCAGAAUAGUCACUGGUAACAACACCAACAACAAGUCGGAGAGCGACCAAGAAGAUAACGACGACGUCAAUGAUAAUGACUGGUCUUACGGGGCGGAAAAGAAAGCAAAGAAAAGAAAGUCAGAUAAGAAUCCAAACUCACCAAGAAGAUCCAAAUCCUUCAAGCAUAAAAGCAGUACAGCCAGUAAAGCCAGUCAGGACGGUGAAGCCCACGCACCACCCAAAGACUCGUACACCGCUCCUGCACGGCCAGUGGGUAUGAUGGGUCCUAGACGUCGUUUGGACAACCAGGAGAGUCCACGCAUGUUGAUGAAAGACGAGACAUUUUCUCAGUAACGCACUUGGCAACAAAAACACUUUGUUUUGUUUGUGUGGGAACGGAACACACAGAAAAAAAGACCAGUGGCACUGGAGCUUUGGUUCUUUAUGCUGUCAAACCAAUGGACGUUUAGAGGUGACAUUUGUGUUUGCUGCUCAGCAGGAGCAGCCUGAAACAUCCCAGUCUGGACUUGAAUGACUUUAUUUUUAUUCACAGAAUCAUUGUACCAAAACCAAUUUUUUUUUUAAACUUUUGUUUUAGUUAAUUUUUAGUCCAAAAAAUUUGGGAUUUUGUUGGCGUGUCCUGCUCAGAGGAAGAAUCUUGUGAAACUGAUGCAGUGGCUGAGACAGCUGGGCUAAGUGAGAAAAAUCUGCACAUACAGUAUUUUGUUUCCUAAAACACAAGAGAUUAGUUGAACUGCUAUUAUUUUACAUUUUCAAAUCACAUUCUUUAAAAAGAAUAUGUCAAAGACAAUCAUGAUGAUGGUUUGUCUUUUGUUAUCCCUGUCAGGGCUCCAGUUCUGCAGCUGAAUCGCAACACGAGCAGCUCUGUUUGUCAUUCACCUGUGGAACCUCGUUGGAAAAGGUUCACAAAAUGAACAUGUAAUUGUACAAAACAGCUGCUGGCUGAAAGCAGCAGGUUUCUGUUUGGCUUUCUCUCUCGGUGGAUAGAUCGGCUUGUUUUCUAGCAUUCAAAUGCGUCUCUUUGUAUCAUGUUUACAUUGUAAAGGGUUGCAUAUGUCCUUGGUGUGAUGUGAUAGUGUAAAUAUUCUAAAAGGUAAAAUGCUGCUAUCAUGGCUCAGUUUGUUUCAUCUGUCUA